AUGCCUGACCAAGGGGCCCAACAGCCUCGCGGUUUUCUCGAGCCUCCCGAGGGAAUGACCUUCUACAACGUCCCUCCUCUUGCUGGCAGAAAGCGACAGCGUGAUGAAUUUGAUGUCGACGAAACUUUUCUUGCUGGCAGAAAGCGGCAGCGUGAUGAAGAUGAUUUCGGUGGUGAUGAGUAUGGUACCACCAACCAGACCGAUUCUGCAGUCAACAACACCCAAACCCAACACAUCAACCAGGAAGACAACCUAGGGAAUGUCAGUGGCAUAGCCAAAAGUGUUGCAACGCAUCAAGAUACCUCAGCGGUCGAGGAGACAGCGGUCAAGGUUAACGUGACAAUCACCAAAAACGAAGUCCGCAACGGAGAUACCGGUCUUGAGGUAAAGGACAAUGGCAAGUGGUACCCGGCCAUCUACCACCAUGAACUUGUGAGAACAGUUCUUAGCAAAGAUCGUCUCUAUGGUCCAGCAGGUAGUCAGCAGUACACCCACCCAAGAAAGGACGGUAAGCUCGAUGGUGAUGAGUAUGAUCGUACCUCGUAUCUUCCGGCACAGAAAUAUUGGGGAGGAGAUCGCGCACACCGACCAACAAUUUUGUUUGAGUUCAAAAAGCCAGACAAUGCCUAUCCCCCCACCAACCCACCAAAUUUCACUGUGUCUAUCGAUGGUGUCCAGCGGACCAUCAUUGACGUCAUUAACAACAAACCUUUGAGAGACUUUGCUCACCUUCCUACCACAAUCUCCACCAAAGUCGAGGGCUGGCUCAUGGAAGCAUGGUUCCGUUAUGAUCCCAGCCUUCGAUUCGAGGACUUGAUUCAGCGCAUGCCAUUCAAGCCCAAACACAAUGUGUACAAGAGCAGAGCAGUCAUCAACCGCCUGGUCCGCCGAAGAGAGCUUUUCCGUGACAAAGGAAGAUGUCUCUCUUGGAUGAAGUCCACUUGGACGAAGAAAUGGGAUCUGUACCUCAUUAGCGAGAUGAACAGCAACCCGAAUAUCGCAAACCCAAACAGUACUCGUCACCUCGAGGAUCUUCCAGCAGAGGGUACGAAAUCGAUGAGUAGGAUUAUAAGCGAGACCAAAGAGUUUCUUGCAAAGGGUAACCAUCGAGCGCUCAAAGGCGAGAGGAGGGAAGAAAAGGACCGAGAGGUUGAACGCACAUUGGCCAGCAACCCAGCAAAGAAGAUCAAGGCAGCCUUGGAUCAGGUCUCGAAUGGUGUUGUGACUGUUGUACAAGCACCGAAAAAGAGCAGGAGGUCCAGUUCGAGACGGAAGCAAGCCGUCUACAACACUACCACUGCGCAACCACAGCAGAAUGUUGAUCCAGAUCCCAUGGUAGACAGAGCCGGAUCGAUGUCAAAUCCGAAUGUCGAAAGUGCUGGUCACAUAGGAAUGACACGCCACCUCAAUGUCGACGAAGAGGACGUUCACCUGGCACCUGGAUAUCCUGGACACUCUGUGCGAGCAGGAGAGCUGCCGGCAAUGGAAUAUCCAGCCGUGUCCGAGAUGAUGGGCAAUAUAGCAUAUCCUCAGCCUCAAUUUAAUGCACCAAAUCAGCCGCGUCAAAUGCAAAACGCUCAAGGCAUGCAACUACCACACCAGCGUUACAUGAACCCUGCAGACCAACAAGGUACAGUCGGCAUUUCUGGGAUAACAGAGCGUACCCAAGGUCGAGAUGGACACAACGAUUAUGGAGUCGACAUACCUGGGAUACCGGAGCGUACCCAAGGUCAAGAUGAACAAAACGGUUAUGGAAACGAUCUUGCGGGUUUCUUCGAUACCAUGCCUAACCUGCUCAGUGCAACAACGGAUUCAUUUGAAGAAUCACAACGAGCACCUUUUCAGCCACCAAAUCCGGCUUAUGGAGGCGGCCUCCUAGUUGACGAAUUCCAACCACAAUUUCACCCAGCCCAGCCAUACGGUCAGAACAGCAGAGACGGAGGAGGGUUGAUGCCAUCGCAGCCCUAUCGGUUCGAACAACCCUUUGGGUACGUAUAUGACGGCGGAGAUCUUCGAUCACAGUCCCCCUAUGAAGGUCUGCAGCCAGACAAUGAUGCGAACGAGGGUGACUUCAUGUGCGGGCCUUCGACCUAUGAAAAUGAUGGGCAACUACCAGGUAGCUCGAUGUUGGAGGCACAGUCGUCACUCAUGCCGCAGCAGCAGCAAAGUGGCUCUACCUAUGUGGAUGGAAACCAUCAUGCUUGGAUGGAAAUCAACCCCAACGGUUAUGCUCUUGAGAAUAAUGCGUACUAUGUUGGCAUCAGUCCCGACCCAGGCGCACCAAAUGCAAGUAUGCAACAGAUGAUGACUACAAACGAGAUCGGUCAACAAAUUACUUAUCCCGUUCAACGAAACAUUGUCACACCGGAGCUGGGCCGUACCUUCGAUGAGGAUCUGGUCAAUUCAUCGAGGAAGUCUCGCAAACUGAAAUGA